AUGUUUACCGGAGUGACACCGGAGUCGCUCAUUCCUCGUUCAGACUCGCGAAAUCCGGCGACCACGUGCAAAGGCCUUACACAAUCCGGGCGACCAUGCAAACGGCCUAUCGACGCGAAGGAGCCUGAAGGCGAUGGUGUCCUCGCCGUAACGUCUGUAGCUGGAGAUGAUAGCGGGGAGGAGAUUGGCGCAGCGGCGUAUUUCUGCUGGCAGCACAAAGACCAGGCGGAAACGCUGGCAGCGAAAGAAUCGACGGGACCAGCGACCGAGUUAUACCCGCUGAAAGAGAGGACCAGCAUUGAUACACUGGUGCAACGGCUGGGUGUUCUGGAUGUUGAGGAGCAGAACGAAGCCGCUCCACGCAAGAGGAGGAGCAGUGGCCAUAGAAGACGAUCUGGGUCUCGACCACCCAGGCGAAUCAACCGGCCACCGACGUGGGAUGCUGUCCAGGGCCCUCUGAUGUCUGUACCCAGCGAUGUAAUGGCAGACAGGAAACGAAGAGACCGGCCAUCGAAAUCGGUACCACCAGCAGUGAAAAAGCUAGGCUUCUGGGCAUCGCUGUGCUGUGGAUCUGCAGAUGAGGAGGUUUCCAACAACCCCAGCUCCGACUCCGAAACCGCCACACUCCUGCGCUACAUCCCCACAUCCGUCCCCCCGAAACUCGCCUCAACCCUGCUAGCCGAACUCUCCAAGCCCAUCUCCCCCCACGACGAAGAAGGCUUCAUCUACAUCUUCUGGCUCACGCCCGAAGCCGCGGGCCCGGCGCCCGCAUCCGCAGCCAGUAAUUUGCUGGCGCCACGGGGAGAAGGGUCGAGGAGACGGACGUCGGAUGUCAUGAGGCAGUAUUCUGUGAAGGAGAAAAAGGGCGAGAAAGGUGGGGACAAGGGAGAGAAGGGAGGGAAAGAUACAAUCCUACUCAAGAUAGGCAGGGCGAAUAAUGUGCAUCGGCGGAUGAAUGAGUGGACGAAACAAUGCGGGUAUAGUCUUUCGCUUGUGCGGUACUAUCCGCAUGUUUCGUCUGCGACGCCAUCGCCUGCGGGGUCGAGGCAGCCGUCGCAUCAGGGGCGGGGAUCAGCGGGUGGUGCUGAUGGUAAGUUGCAAACUGGGGGUGAAGGGGCGGCAGCGGGAGUGCGCAAGGUACCGCAUGCACAUCGGGUGGAGCGCAUGAUUCAUUUGGAAUUGGGGGAGCAGCGGGUGAUUAAGCAGUGUGAGGCGUGUGGGAAGAGCCACAAGGAGUGGUUUGAGGUCGAGGCGACGAGGGAGGGGAUCAAGAAGGUGGAUGAGGUUGUGAAGAGGUGGGUUGAGUGGGCGGAGAAGCGGAAUGAAUGA